AUGGCUGCCUCUCCUUUAAACCUGAAAACCCCUUGUCAUGCUCGCUCUAUUAGCUUGCCCUCUGCACCACACCCUCUCAUUCCUGAGUUCAAUGCACACUUGAGAAGAUUAGGAGCUUCUGAACCCGCCUCAUCAUCAAUAAGCCAUAAGCUCAAUGGCCUUAAAGAUCUACAUGAUUGUGUAGAUAAUUUGCUUCUAUUGCCACUCACCCAAAAAACAUUAGCCCAACACUAUGAUGAGAAAUGGGUUGAUGAGUUGUUGGAUGGAUCUCUGAGGCUGUUGGAUGUGUGUGGCACUGCUAAAGAUGCCUUGUUGCAGACAAAGGAACAUGCACAUGAACUUCAAUCAAGUAUGCGCAGAAGGCGAGGAGGUGAAAGUGGGAUCUCAUCUGAGGUUGUGGGAUAUUUAACCUCUAGGAAGAAGGUAAAGAAGGCAAUCCACAAGGCCCUAAAGGAUCUGAAGGGCAUGGAGAAAAAGUGCAGCUUCUCACCCUUGAACAAAGACCCUGAGACCAUCUCCAUGGUUAGCAUGUUAAGAGGGGUGGAAACUGUCACUCUCAAAGUGCUUGAAUCUCUGUUGUCCUCAAUAGCAGGGGAAACAGCACAGUCAAAUCCAAGUGGCUGGUCCUUGGUUUCAAACCUGAUGCGGCACAAGCACAUUGCAUGUGAAGAAGCAACAACAAUAGAUCUUGGUGAAUUUGAGAAGGUGGAUUCUGCAUUGUUCACCCUUACUGUCCACAAGACUAAAUCCAACCCAAUGCACAUUGAUAUUGUGCAAACUGAGUUAGGGAAAUUGGAAAUAAGCAUUCAAGAUCUUGAAGAAGGAUUAGAAUUCCUAUACAGGCGUUCAAUCAAGACCAGGGUGUCUUUUCUCAACAUCCUCAGCCAGUAG